GAGGUUGCAGUCAUUCGGGAGAGGAGCAGGAGAAAUAAUACAUAAAGGAGAAGCAGGCAAGUGAGGAAGCAAGUGGAGGACACAACAGCGGCGCGAGGAGCUUCCGAAAGCACUUCAACCACAGCAAGCAACAACGUCUCCAGGCCGUGUGAUGGCUGCCACCAGACAUGUUCCCUUGAUGGUCAUUUGCCUGCUUCUCUUCAGCGGUUCCACAUCCCAGCCGACAACAAAACGAGCGCCAGGGGUCAAUCGGACACGACCCGAGGCCAUCGUGCUCCCCUCGGAUGACUAUUACGACAAUGAGGAUGAAGUCGCGACGGUUCCAACUAAGACCAUAUCGUCAAACGGAGGAACCUCGAAGAGAUGCGACUACAACCCCUGCGAGGAAGACCAGCCGACUUGUUUUGAGCUCUCGGUCAUCAAUGACUGCUUGUGUCCGGGAUCGACGUCUCACCUUGUGGCACCGCAGCCUCCCGUCCUGAAAACGGUGACCUGGAACGGUUCCGACGUGGUCCUGCGCUGGUGUGCCCCUCACUCCUUUGUGAAAGGCUACAGGGUGACGGUCGGCGGGUCGGAGAGGCAAAGGUUCGGGAAGGAGAGACGCAGCGGCGGCGCGGGGCUCGUCGAGAGCGUCUCCGAGGUUUGCGUGGCGGCACUGAAUGACGCCGGGGAGAGCGAAGGCUCGUGUAUGAUGUACCGGCCCAAGGAGCGCAGUGUGGCUCUGAAAGCGGGGCUCAUCGGAGGCGCUCUGGGUCUCUUGCUGCUCGUCUUGCUGGCUGUCCUGCUGUGGAGGCGUCGGCAGCAGAGGAAGCGGCAGAACGGCAUCCCGAUGGGAGGCGCUGCCCAAACUUAAAAUGACAACGCACACGUUCUCAUGAGACACCUCAUCUUUUGAGGCAACACUCGGGUGACACUUUUUUUUUGUUUGUUUGUACAGCAGAUACAGCAACGAAAGCACACUUUUUUUGUGGGGAGGGGGAGUGGGGGUCACAUAAGUAGAAUCUUGACCGGUAUCAAACACUGUAAUAUUGCCCCUAUAAAACAGUGGCGGAGCUCAGAGAACAUAGAUAAUUUUUUUUUUUUAUAGGUCGUUUCCGGAGAAUGGGUGGGGAAAAGUAGACAAAAAAUUUCCGGGGGAAAAAAAUCUGAAAGUACCCAAAAGUCAAUGAUCUGGCCUGGCACCGAGUGGUCCAAGCAUAUUUCAGGGUGAGGGGGGCUAUUGCCCCCGCGGGCCCCCCCCCCCCCUAGCUCUGCCAGUAAUCCAAAAUAGUUUAGUAUCAAUCAAAAAUCAACCAAAAAUUGUCACAUGCUAUUUAAUUUUUUUAUCUUUUACAAAGUUGCUUCACCCAGUUAGAUUUUUGUGCAAAUCUAUUGUUCAUUACUCACAAAAUUGAUAAAAUGCAUAAACAUGUAUGUAACUAUUAUAGAUUAUUUAGACUUUAUACAUUCACACAAACAUUCAUACAACGUAUUACUGCUUUUUUUUUGUUUGUUUGUUUGUUUAAUUAAUCUACAAAUGAGUACCGGUACUCAAGCUAAAUCCUAGAGUUUUUUUUUUUUUUAAAUACAGUGCAAAUAGUUGAGAGUCCAUUCACAAUGUGUGGGAGUGAAGUAUAGGUGGUUCAUUCUUCUGCCAAGUUUUACAGGAAAAUAAAUCCCCGGUGACACAGUUUAUAGAUAAGCAGGAUUUUUUUUUUCUUGAAACAAUUAGUGCUGCAUGUUUCGGUUUGUAGAGUUUGGACACGGCGACACCACGAGCGAUCUAAAUGCCGGACGGGAAACAUUCCAAAAAGACACAGCAGGGUUGUUUGUCAACCCAUCUGUACGGUAUUAUUGCUGUUGUUAUUUGGGGUAAAAUGCACGGAAAAAAAGGUCACGAUAAUAUUUAAGACUAAGACCCAUAACUGACAUGUUUGAGGUAUCAAGAAUGAAGUCUUAAUGCCGCAAAAAUUGCGGUGGCAUUGAUUUUGAUGCUUUAGCUCUCUGUGAGAGGCGCUUGGUUUUGUUGUCGUUUGUGAACGUUUAUUUUUUUGUUUUGUUUUAAUUGAACACAGACAGAGCAAGGUUUGAUCCUGAUCAUCGUACUGUAAAUGUUUAUGAAUAGUUCUGACUAUUAAACACGAUUCCGGUC